GCCUGAUUCACUCUUCUGCCCCCGGGAAAGACGCCGUGCGUAAUGAACCAAGCAUUGCCGUAAUGGCCCUGCCUGCCCCAGGAGUUGUUACUCAAACCUGACGCACACUUUGAGAAGACGCCGUUUUGUGCGUGUGUAGGAAGCUCAUUUGACUAAUUCAUUCCUCCAGCGGUGGGAGGAAGUGGUGUGUGGUGAGCGGCGGGGCGAAGCGUGGCAGGGGUCGCGGCCCCUUCCCAUGCACGACGGCCAUAACAGGUCACGGCAGGAUGCAAAGGGGAUGUGUGGGUCCUGCAGGGCCGCCGUGCCGCCACCUCCCUUCCUCGCGGUGCAGGAAUUUUCCAUAACAAACAUAAAAAGCAGUCACCCUGGGUGGCCGCAGCGCCUCUCCAAAUUUCCUGGAUGAGGCAAGAGUCGCGGGGGUCGGGGGGUCGAGUGGCGGGAGUCGGGGGUUCGGGAGCCGGGAUGUAAUUAGCCGAUGCGCGGGGGCGGGAGGAUGGCGGGCUCUGAGCGCGGGCCGUCAUUACCGCGCCGCCAGACCCAAGAAUCACUCACUUGAAGGGGGUAAUUCCCGCAGGGCGGCCACUACGCCUGUGAGUUAUGGCUUCCUAAGUCAGUCCACCGCCAGCCUCUAAUCCGGUAAAGUGCGAGGGAAACGGGCUCUAAUUUACCAUAAUUGAGUUACAAGUAUCAUCAUCGGCGCGCCCAUACGUCUAGCUCACGCUCCGCCCGCCGCCCUCGCCAUUGGCUGUCGUGGGGUGGGCGUCGCGCGGCCUCCACCAGUGAGGGGCGGGGGCGGGGCGAGGGCCGCGGCGGGGAGGUAUAAUGGUGUCUGGCGUCUCGGCGUGGCACUUGUUGGUGAACGCUCGGUCGUGGCGGCGAGUGUGGUGAAGAUGAGUCUGGUUGGCGGGUACUCCAUGCCGCAGAGUUACGGGCACACGGGCCAUGGGAGGGGCCACGCCCUCCCCGGAGGCACUUUACUCUCCUUACUAUUCCCACCCCAGCCCUCCCGCGCAGGCCCUCUACCCGGGAUGGGGCUACUCCGCCUCGGGCUACUCCUCGGGGCUUCCCUCCCGAGGUGGCGGUGGCCUGCCCGGAGUAUGGGGUGUCCGCGGGUUUCGUGAUGGGCCCGGGCUCCCCGCAUGACUUAGGCGGCGACUACACUAUCGAGAUGGUGGACGGCUGUGGCCGAGUAGUGAAGCGGCGGUCGUCGGCCAACAAGAAGGAGCGGCGGCGCACGCAGAGCAUCAACAACGCCUUCGCGGAGCUGCGGGAGUGCAUCCCCAACGUGCCCGCCGACACCAAGUUGUCCAAGAUCAAGACGCUGCGCCUCGCCACCUCCUACAUCGCCUACCUGAUGGAGGUGCUGCACGGCGACGACGGCGCCGCGCCCGCGCCGCCGCCCCCGGGACCCUUCCCGCCCGCCGCCCCUCACCAGGCAGCCUCCGCCGCCGCCGCGCCCCACCAGGCGCCAUCCACCACCGUCGUCUCUUCCUCAACUCAGUCGCCCGAAAACGAUAAGAUUACGCCCCCGCCCGCAGCCACGAGCCCCGAGCCUAAGAGAGGGCGGACGGGCUGGCCUCAGGAGGUGUGGGCGCAGGAGCUGAAGAAGUAAACCCAUGAUCAUACCCACCCACACCCACAUAGAGAUAGCCUUCUACCUUCAUCCACACGCCCACGCCCACCCAUACCACACGCCCGUCACCAUAAGUUCACUGUAUGGUUCUGUUUGUGUGUUUGUGUGUGUGUGUGUGUGUGUGUGUGUGUGUGUGUGUGUAAGAAGAUUUCGGGACCAAUGAUAUGAUGAGAGAGAGAGAGAGAGAGAGAGAGAGAGAGAGAGAGAGAGAGAGAGAGAGAGAGAGAGAGAGAGAGAGAGAGAGAGAGAGAGAGAGAGAGAGAGAGAGAGAGAGUCAUACCGCCUUCCACUCAUCUCAAAUCACGUCAUUUCUCCCACAAGUCACUUCACUUCAAAUCCCUUAUCAUUUCGACUCACCUUCAAUCAUGUUAAGUCACCAUCAGACAGGUCAAGUUAAUGUAGUCACCUAACUCAUCUUAACUCAUCUCAAAUCACUUCAAAUCACUUCAAAUCACUUCAGCUCAUCUCAACUGGUUUCAAGUCACGCCAAGUCUCACAGGGAGCUCCAGAUUUUCACCUCAGAUAAGAAAUGAGGAUUCCUACACGAGGCAGCAUCACUCGUCUCACCACUCAGCAACGGGACGUGAGGGAAGGCAAGGCAGCACUCACUCACCACUCACUCAGCAUUCAGCACUUCAAACUCAGCACAUCCACGACGAAAACGUACAUUUUAGACAGCACUCAAGAUCUCUAGGGAAGAACAGCAGUCAGCACUUGAAUCAGCAAUCGGAACUUCAGGAAAAUCAGCAAAUUCGAAUGAAAAAUCAUACUAUUGAACUCAGCACUCAAGACCCAUCGGAAAACAGAUUAGCAAAAGUUAGCAGUCGGAUCAGCACUCUAAAAUUCAGAAAAAUCAGUAAAUUCGGUUAAAAAGUAAUAUUAAACUCAGCACUAUGAAAACAAGCACAGAGAUUCAGCAGCACUCAGCACUCAAAUCACCACUCCAAACUUCAAGAAACUCAGUAAAUCUAGAUAAAAAACAAAAAAAAAAAAACUCACACGAUCAGACUCAGCACUCAUAACACAAUCUCUGACAGAAAACGAGCACUCAAGAUCAACUCAGCACCACGUCAGCACCAAAUUAUCAUCAAUCUGUGACCAAACUGACUCAUUUCAGAAGACAGCGUAUUUCGUUUCGUAAUUUCACUCAUAUCCUGGCGAGCCGUGAGUGCAUCAGAAGUGAACGAAAUGAAGUGAUUGCAAAAAUUAAUGAAGUGUUUUUUUUUUAAACGUGAAGAAAACUGACAAGAAAAAAAAAAAAAAAAAAAGAGGUAGAUGAAAAAAAAUCUCCUUCACCACAUGAAAUUAAAUAAAUAAAUAGGCAAAUAGAAAAAAAAAAGUUAAAAAAUGAGUCCCGAAGGUGUGGUGUGGUGAAGGGAGGGUGUGGUGAAACUGGUGAUGAACUGACGGUGUGGUGAUGACGUGUGGUGGGUGGAGAGAUGGUGAAAAUGAUAGUGACAUUGUGCAUAGUGUACUUAACUUACUUUAAUUAGGGUGAAGUGAAGUGAAGUGGGGUUACGUUGUACAAAUGAUUACUUUAGAGUCUAGUGACGUAGUGUAGUGUGUAGUGUAGCGGUGGAGGGCGCUGGAAGGGAAGGGAAAGGGAAGGGAAAGAUGGAGUAUGUGGUUUUCGUUGUUGUUAUUGUUUUGUUGUUCUUUUUGUUUUUGUUGUUGUUUUUGUUGUUGUUAUAUAGUUUGUUGGGUUUUCUGCACACACACACACACACACACACAUUUCAACAUAUACUUUUUUUCUUUUUUUAUUUCUUUUUCUAUAUAGUUUUCCCAAGUCUAUUAUAGAGCAAAUAGUAGCAACAACAACAACAACAACAACAACAACAACAACAACAACAACAAAAUUUAACUGACUUUAUUUAUUGAUGCCACUACCAUUACUAUUAUUAUUAUUAUCAUUAUUAUUAUUAUUAUUAUUAUUAUUAUUAUUAUUAUUAUUGUUAUUAUUACUGCCAUCAUUACUAUCACUACUAUUACAUUCACCAUCAUUAUCACACAAGUAAACAUUCAGAUUAGAUUUUACGAAAGAUUAAAACAAUAUGAACGUUAAAAUAGAUAAAUAAAUAAAUAAACAAAAUAAAAAAAAGACGCUUAGUACAGAAAACGUUUAGUGUAUGACUGGAAACGUUGGCAACCGCACGUCUCCCCCCUUAGUGCCUCUUAGUUCCCCUGGGCCGCCCCGACUCCUCCUCAGGGUUAUGUCCCAAGCAUAACCCUGAAGGAGAGAGAGAGAGAGAGAGAGAGAGAGAGAGAGAGAGAGAGAGAGAGAGAGAGAGAGAGAGAGAGAGAGAGAGAGAGAGAGAGAGAGAUUAUACCGUACAUAUCAUGGCCUUAAAUUCAGUAAUAAUGAUAAUAAUAAUAAUAAUAAUAAUAAUAGUAAUAACGGCAACAACAACAACAACAACAACAACAACAACAACAACAACAACAACAACAACAACAACACACACACACACACACACACACACACACACACACACACACACACACACACACACACACACACACACACACACACACACACACUUCCCCCACAAUUUCCCCUCGUUUUCCCCUUCCAUCAAGUCCACCAAAGUUUCCAUGUCCUCGUUCCAAGUAGAAGCUAAGCAAACCAUCAAAAUAAAAUAAUCUAAGCUGUACAUAUUACUUUUUAAACUUAAGGUGUGAAUAUCAGAAAUAGAACCUCAGUAUUAAGCUUACGUUGUAGAGAGAGAGAGAGAGAGAGAGAGAGAGAGAGAGAGAGAGAGAGAGAGAGAGAGAGAGAGAGAGAGAGAGAGAGAGAGAGAGAGAGCCUUUACCUGUUAACAGCCAGUAUUCUGAAACGCCUUGUUCUCUCACUAAGACUAUUUUCAAAGCCUACAGAGAUGAUUAGCCGGGUUCUGAAGAGUGUUUCUCCAGUUAAUAAUGUAGAAAUAUUGUUAAUCUGUCACUGGAAGCGUAAAAACACAGAUGAUUAAAGUGUUUCUCUAGUUAAUAAUGUAGAAAUCUUGUUAAUCUGUCACUGGAAGCGUAAAAACACAGAUGAAUAGAGUGUUUCUCCUGUUAACAAUGUAGAAAUCUUGUUAAUCUGUCACUGGAACCGUAAAAACACCCUUAAAAACCCUUGGCACUUCAGUUAAACUCUAUUUUCAAAGGCCACAGAGAUGCUUAGAGUGUUUCUCCAGUUAAUAAUGUAGAAAUCUUGUUAAUUGGAGCCGUAAAAACACCCUUAAAAACCCAUGUGCCUUUUGAAAGUAGUGGAGCUGCAGCAAAGAAGUGUUUCAAAUUACGGCUUAAUUACCUGAGGAAACAGCAGGUAAACCAGGCCACGCGCAGGUCAAUGUAAGAAGGUCUGGCUCUAGUCACUUUGUACAGCCCUUACCUGUGUAAUAAAAUGCAGUGUUACCUGU